AUGAAUGCGGGGAAAGACUUGAGGUGCCUUUCGCAGUUCACAACCUUCGGCGAACCUCAACCCCUCCCAUCAUCGCACUCCCAAAGGCACAAACACCUAGAUAGCCUCCCAGCCCGCCCAGAAACCCACCUCCUAGGCAAAGUCGCCAUCGUCACAGGCGCCGGCAGCCGUAUCCCACCUCCCCCUUCUUCCUCAUCGCCCUCACGGCCCGAUGCCCCUCAAACAACUCCUGAGCUCGGCAACGGCUCCGCAACAGCACUACUCCUCGCAGAAUCCGGCGCGACCGUCCUAUGCGUCGACAAAGACCUCGAGCUCGCCAAACACACCGCACGCUUCAUCAACAGCUCCAUCUCUGCUACAAACUCACCAGCUACUGCCACAGCGAGACCAGACCCAAACCAGCCCCAGUGCGAAGAUGUUUCCACCAGGAGAGGCGGACAAGCCCUCGCAGUCGAAGCCGACGUCACCUCCCCAACCGACUGCCGCGCCAUAGCCGCCUACGCCCUCUCAGCCUUCGGCCGCCUAGACAUCCUCGUCAACGUGGUAGGCAUCAUGGGCGCGAAAGGCACAGCAGUGGAUGUAGAUCCCGACGAGUGGACGAUCGGUUUGGAUAUCAACGUCACGAGUAUGAUGUUGAUGGCGAAGUAUGCUAUCCCCGCGAUGUUGACGGGGGAGCACAAGACUGAAGGUGACAGUGGGGGAGAAGGGGGCGGGAUAAGAGGGAGUGUUGUGAAUGUGGGCUCGGUGGCUGGGUUGAGAGGGGGUACGCCGCAUUUGAUGUACCCGACUAGUAAAGGGGCGGUGGUGAAUAUGACAAGGGCGAUGGCGGCGCAGCAUGGGAGGGAGGGGGUUAGGGUGAAUUGUGUUUGUCCUGGGAUGCUGUAUACACCGAUGAUGUAUAGAAAGGGGAUGAGCGACGAGAUGCGGGAGAGGCGAAGGAAACGGAGUUUAUUGGGGACAGAGGGGAACGUUUGGGAUUGUGCUCAUGCCAUUCGGUUUCUGGCUGGGGAUGAGGCACGGUGGAUUACCGGAACGGUGUUGACAGUCGAUGCUGGGGCUACUGCAUCCACGGCUGUUCUUUGA